GUAAAUUGCUACAGUAAUUUGCGUGUUCUGCUCUAUUCAGUGGGAGGUGCCUCAGAAUGAAGCUGUGUAUCUUACUGCUACAGAUAUGAACUGUCCAAGCCAGAUAAAAAGAGCUCACAGUAAUAUCUGGUACAAACUAAGCAGAGAAAUCACUGCAAAAGACCCAUCCACAGAGAACGAGCCACUCCUCUGCUUUUUGAAUUUUCCGGAUGUUUAGAAAUAUGAUGGGCCAUAUAGAUUUGAUCAUGCUAUCUACCUUCCUCUCGGUUUCCAUGACAUCUGAAACAUUUGAUUCUAUGGAAGGUGAGGCUUUAGUUAUAAAAUGUCCCAAAUGGAGUUCGUCUAUGAAAGUCACCUGGUAUCGCAUGGAUACUAACAAAAUAAUUCCUGCAGAAGAGGAGGGAUCACGAGUGUUUUCCAUAGAACGAUUUCUUUGGUUUCUGCCAACUUCGAGAGAGGAUUCUGGAAACUACACUUGUGUAACACAUUUUUCAAGUAAUCGUACAAAAUCAUACAACAUGAGUGUGCAAGUGCAUUCAUACAAGCCAGGAGAAUGUUUCCCAAGUCAGAUUCGUUACCCAAAUGACACUGGAAGAGGAAAAAUUGUUUGUCCUACCAUUGAUAACUAUAAGAAUGCUACUAUCAUCCAGUGGUACAAGGACUGCAAACCUCUUCAAGAACAGAGAUACUUCGAGAAAGAAAAAUAUAUUUAUAUCGAGAACCCAAGAAAGGAGGAUGAUGGUUACUAUACUUGUCAAUUUAUUUAUACUCAUAAAGGAAAUGUAUUUAAUGUAUCAGCAACAAGAAUUUUCAUAAGUGAGGCAAAAUACUCACCUCUACCACCUCAAAUCAUAUUUCCAAAGAAUGAAGACGUAAUAGAAGCAGAGCUUGGUGCUGUUUUGUCUCUGAAAUGUCAGGCCCGCCUGGGGAUUAAGAAACAGCCACUGGCUGCUGUCAGAUGGGAUGUGAAUAACAUCCCAGUGAAAAGCCUUGUUUUUUAUAGAUUUCAUGAAGAAACUCAUUUUUUUGAAGGACGUGAGCAAGAACACUAUGAAGAGACUACUUUGAAUAUAACUGAAGUAAAAAAAGAGGAUCUGCAGUCAAAUUUCACAUGUAUAGCAUUGAACACAAUGUACAACACAAGAGUCACGGUGACAUUACGACUCAAAGUGCAAUCUGCGGGUCUUCAGUAAAUGUUCAUGAAAGCUCUUGACUGUGACCCUGCUUUCAUUGCUGCCCUUUUUGUAUGGAUAUCUGUGCCCUUCUCCUUGUUGCUGCUGUUGACAAGAUGUCUGCGUCUGCUCCUCAGCACUGUUGGUGUCAGCAAUGCUAUGUCCAGAAGUGGCUGUGCUCUGCUUUAGUUUUCUUCACUCACUCCUCACACAGCUGAGCAAUAUUUAUACUAAAGCAAUGCCGCUUGUCUCUGAGAAUAAUAAAAAUGCUAUAGGAUUUUCUUGUGCCUCUCAUCUUGUAAAUGUGUAAUGAAGAUGUGCACACUCCUUCUUUUUUGUGUUUUGUGUGUUUGUUUUUAAUAGGAAAAAUUAUUUUUUCCAUAUUUUUUUUCCAAAUAUGGAUUGCUCCUUGUGUGUUUCCCUCAGUACAACUUGUGUCUGCUAGUUACUAUCUCAUUAAUGUUUUUUUUACAGUCAUUCAAAGCAGAGAUAAAGUUCAGCCCAAAGCAUCAGCUCUAUUCUUUGUCAAAGAUGUUUAAUGCUAAAGCUAAGCUUUUGGCUCAUAUUUGGUAGACUGAUGUGGACAGGAACCCUAGACCCAGAUCUCUGCCUUCACUCUCUGGAAGUGCAUCCAGCUUAGAAGCCAGAGAAUACAGAAAAAACUGCUGCUCUUCUGGAAUUUGUCAGGAAGUUGCUUUCUGACAUGUUUUCUCUGGCCUUUCCAAUAUUAUUCUUUGUGAGCUGUUAGUUCUGUAUUCCCAUUGCUCUUGAAUAUAAAUAGAAGAUGGCUUACUCAUGAACUCAGCUGCUAAAUGAUGCAGUAAAGUCAAAUGAAACAACAGGAUCUAUUCAACCUUGUUCAGGGGCUUGUGGCACUUGCCCCCAUUGUGCCGAAUGUUCACGAGCGAAUUAAAUUAGCGAAUAUUUGGCUAAUUUAUUCCAGAGAAAUGAGAGGUUAAGCCAGCAUUACUGGGAAUCAAACCUGCUCGUCCAGGAAGCACCUCUGUGGGGCUCUUGUCUGACAUGUUACAAGCUGCAUAGGCAUGUCACUUCUUUUCCAGCCUUGGUCUAAUCAGUGUAACCCCAAAUAGAAACAGUGUUUUUUAGGUUCGUAAUUGCAGAAGUUGGUGUUGGAACAGGUUUCCUCUCUAGAUGUUUAUAGACACUUCAUGCAAUACACCAGUAAUUGUAAUGUUACGAUGAGCACACUGUUGACAAAUGCAUCAGUAAGAAACAACCUCAAACUCUGAUGCUUGAGUCAUACCCACUGGGUAGUGGAAGGGGUUUCCUUAUUUUGUGUGCAUGUGUGUGUAUUGACCAGGAAAACGGAUCAAAUAAUAAAAUUUGAAGAGGUCCACAAGGAUGAAGUUCCUUUGUAGGCAUCAUGUGACAGUGGUAAAAAUAUGGCCAAACUUUGCUUCAGAAGGAACUGGUUGUUUUCUUGCCCAACCUUAUUGGAAGGUGUUUCCCCCGGUCUAGCUCUGGUGAGGUAAGCUUCAUCACAAAGUUUUUUUAUUUCUUUCUCCCUUUAAAUGCCAAAGAAAUAAAUGUAAAGAAUGUGAAAAUCAUGUUAAAUUUACCUUUCAUCCUACCAGAGGAAAGGGAAAAUGUACUUGUAAACUCCUCAUUUAUAUACCUUUUCUGCAGAAUUUCUCAGGCACACUUUCCACUAGACCAAAUUUCUCAGCACCCCAUCCAAGCUAUUCUGGAACAUUUACAGGAAUGGGGCAUCCACAGUUUCUCUGGGCAAUCUGUUCCAGUGUUUUACCACUCUCAGUGUAAAAAAUGUCAUCCAUAUAUCUAGACUUAAUGUAUCCUUGAUAAGUCUUCAUCUCUGAGGUAAAGGUGGUCAGAUUCUAAAGCUCUUCCAUGAGCUGGAACUAAGCUCUUAAAACUAGUGGAACUAAUUCCAUGAAACUGGAACUAAGGUGGGUGGCUCCUUUCUUUCCCAAUUUUUCUUACUCAUCAUUGCUAUUAUAUGCUCCUUGACCCUCUUGAAAGGAAAAAGCAUGAGAGAACAUCAUCUGACUUCAGCAUAGUUUAUUUUAUUUUUGUGACCAGGACAUGUUCUGUUUUCUUGCUUGUCUAGUGUCAUCUUAGACCUUAUCUUUCAGAUUUCAUUACUUGCACAUGCUUUUUGUACCCUGUUUGUGCAAUCAUGCCAGAAGCCUCCACUUGUCCUUUUGUAGACACAUGAUUUCCAUGCGUAGGCUUAGAUGUCUUACAAAAUGGUUGUGUUAUUACCAGUUUUAAAAAGUUACAAAAUACUUAAACAUCAUUGUCAGCUGUAGUUGUUAGUGUAAGUAGGUCUGGAUUCAAUGAAGUGAAUACUAAUUAUAUACUGUAUAAUAUGCUUCUAGUUUAGAGGUCUAUGAGUUGGCUGUGCCAGCUGCGGAAGGGAAAAGCUUUGUCAUCUCUGUUUUGAGCUCCCGAAAGCUGUAAUAGAAAUAAAAAUACGAGGCUAAAGCUUCAGCACACAGGUUAACUUCUCUGUUGCUAACAACAUAUUCCUCUACUUUGCAGAGGUUCUUCCUACUGUCCUCCUGAUUGCAGGAUCUCU